AUGGCAACUGGAGGUCAACGAUUAGACGCUUAUUCUCUCAACAGUCCAGACAGAAAUGAAGACGUCUGUCCCAAUCGCCUCAUUCUCAGAGAAACAUUCUAUAACAUCCACAAACUCAAACAAUACAUUGCUGACAACGAGCCGCUUCUGAAUUCCGAUCAAGCUGACGUAUACAAUUUCGUCCUCGGAAACAUCAACACACGCACUGGCGGAAUCAUCUUCUUAAACGCACCCGUUGGGACUGGGAAAACAUUCCUCCUGAAUCUUCUUCUUGCGAAGUUGAAGCAUAAUGGUGACUUUGCUAUUGCUGUUGCCUCCCCAGGAAUAGCCUCGACUGUUCUCGACGGUGGACGCACAGCACACUCUACCUUCAAAUUGCCUUUCAAUGUAGCACAUCAAGAAAACCUAACGUGCCACAUAAUACAUUCCUCGGACGAAGCGACAAUUUUGAAUAAGUACAAACUCAUUGUUUGGGAUGAAGUAACUAUGUCCUAUAAAUGUUCCCUACAAGCACUUCAUACCACAAUGAGAGACUUUAGAGCCAACAACAACAUCCUUGAAGGUGCGACUCUACUUCUUGCAGGAGAUUUUCGACAAACUAUGCCUAUUAUACCCAAAGGUACACUCGGUGCUGAACUUAAUGCCUGCUUUAAAAAAAAUCUCUUCUUUGAUUGCAUGCCCAUUGAAACAACUCACCAUCAACAUGAGGUCAAUCCUGGUUUUGUGUAUUCCGUUAUAAGAUUUGGGUAA